CGAACCCGCAGUCGAGCGGCAGUCAGUCAGUCAGCAGCAUUGUCGUUGUCCGGUAGUGUUUAGUGGCAAAGUCGCAGGAGAAGCGCUGAAUUUGAAAUUUGAAAAAAAAGAAGAGAGAAAUAAAUAAUAAAAUUUUAAAAAAAUUACAAAAAAAAAACCGUAUAAUAAUUUUUGUACAAUUUUAUGUGAAAGCUUUUUGGUGCUUUUUACUAAACAGAAAAUUAUUUAAAAUAGAGGAAAAUAAAAAUAUACAAACAUUUGUUUAAUUUUCAAAGUGUUUUUUGAGAAAUUUAUAUUUUUGAAAAGUGCAUGCGCUUCUAUUUUGGUACAUACGUGUAUGAACAUAUAUGCGGAUGUGUGAUUUGUGUAAAUAAUUUUUCCACAAAAAUAUUAAAAAUUUUUAUAUAUUUAUAUAAAUACAUACAUAGUGGCCUUAGUGAAAAAAAGUUUGAAAAAUCGCAAGUGACUUUGUAUUUGAAGUACUAAAGAAUUUAGCGGAAUUAUCCAUAAACCCCAAGAGGCUAAAGUUUAUUACUGCAAUCAUGUCGACUAGAGCUCUUAUCCUGUCAUUACUUGUGGCGCUUGCACUGGGCAGCACAGCGGUCGACGCUGUACUAAAAUGUUGGCGCUGCUCAACUGAUGUUUCCAAUGGUGGCUUCUGCGAUGAUCCCUUCGAUCCAGAGUUUAUUUCGGAUCAACAACGUUACUGGAGUUACGUGAAUUGUUCGUAUUCAACGAAUUUCAAAUCGGUUAACGCACGACCUGUUUGUAAGAAACUCGUACAAGAAGUUUAUGGCAAACGUGUUAUUUCCCGAUCUUGCUUUUAUGAAGACUACGACGACUCCUCCGACCGUUGUGGUCACGAGACUACCUCAUCUUACAUCAAAACAGUUUUCUGUCAAACUUGCAAUACCGACGGUUGCAAUGGCGCUGCGGCAUUCUCACCCUUCAUCGCCUUGGUAUUUCUGCCGAUUGCUGCGAUGCUCACGAAACUGAUGAAAUGAAAUACGCAGAAGUGGCCGUCAAGUUGAGCUUGUGGAAAGAAUUGGUCUUAUAUCAAAAGCUUUUUUUUUUAAUCUAAAAGAAAUAAAUUUUAUUUCAUAUUCUAUUCUAAUAAUUUAUGUAUUAUGGAUUUUUAAAUUUAUUUUAAGUUAGAAAAAUAAUUUUGCUCCUAAUAUAAAUUUUAUAAAUAAAAAAAUAUUAUUUUUAGUCUGAACGAUUUUGCAAAUAGUUGAAUUUGUUAGAGGUUUAGUUUAUAAAUAUUGUAGUUUUAUAUAACAAAGAUAUUUCCAUUCAUUUUCUUAUACUUAUUCAGAAAUAACUCUUUUCGAUAACGUUUUUCAACAAAAUUCGCACAAAGCAAUUACCACAAAAAUUAAACAAAUAAAAGCUAACUUAUACACUGCAGAACCCUACCGUAACACAUACAUUUAAAAAUAAUGCAGAUUUUGGCAAAAAUUAAACUCUCGCAAAACAAUUAAAGUCAGACGGUUUCCAUUGAAUAACAAAUUUAAUUAAAAAAUAAAAACUAUAAUAAAUAAUUAAUAAUAUAAACUAUA